AUGGCUACCGAAUCUGGUGCGACGACUAAUGGCCGUGGAGUUCCUGCACUGCCAUCACAAUCCCAAGCUGCUUUCAUGCACCCUGCUGCCAUGAACCAGUCGCAAGCACUGCACAACGCCCAGGAGCAGCAACUGUUGCAAUAUCGACGACAGCAACUCUAUGUUGCACAGCAACGACAACAGCAACUACGAGAAGAACAGCAAAUGCAAAUGCAAAUGCGUAUGAGAAUGCAGCAGCAGAUGUCUCCUCACUUACAGAUGCAACAGCAGCAACAGCAACAGCAACAGCAACAUGACUUACAACAACGCCCACCACCUCCACAUCAGACUUCACAAGGUGGACCUCUUCCACAACAACAACAAGUACCUUCGAACCAACCACAGCCACAACAACCACAACAACAGCAACAGCAACAGCAGCAACAGGAUCAGAAUGGACGUCAAGAUCAGACGUUGCAGGAUCAGCAUAUGGCUGCUCGUACAGCUGGUGGUUUUCCCCCUACACCCGUUAUUACGAAUCAGCCCCAGACCAGUGUUAUGACUAGUGGUGCGCCCAAUGCAAUGGCCCUGAAGCAGCAGUUACCCACUCCAGCCAUGACGACCGCUCCAUUACCAAGUAGUGUGGGUACAAAUCAAGCUGGCCAUGCAGUGUUGAAAUUGAUGCAAUUCAGUGAUCGGCUCACUCCGGGAAGCGAGGCAACCGAUAUUGGAGUAUGGAACAAUUUUGUCGAUGAUUUUUUCAUGCCAAACAGCCUUUUCAAGUUUACAUUGUGGCAUUCGGAGACUGGAAAGAAAAGACAACAUACCAUUGGACGACCCUGCAUUGCAAGGAUCUUUCAAACACAAUAUCAGUGUGGAGUGACCUCGAUUCAGCUUACUUUGGAUCAAACCAAUAUUUUCUUUAUGCCCAAGGGUACCAUGCUCGAAUGCCCUCGUUCAAGUUUCAUCUAUCGUUACGACAAUGGCUCAUUGGUUGUCUUGGCUGGGACGCUCAUUGUUGAGCUCAUGUUGGAUAGCCGCACCAAUUCACUGAAAAUCGAGCGAUUCAAUUUUGAAUGUACCAUACACGAGGAGUUCAUCGCACGGCAACACAUCAACACUUCACCCGCCGCCGCCACUAAAAAGAAAUCCAAACAAAACAGCAAGAAAGGUGCCACUUCUCAAAUCAUUCCAGAAUCAGUAAUAACACCAUGGGGUGUACCGGAAAGAAUUGUACAACUUUUGCUUCUCUCUGAUACCGCCUUGACAUUUGCCGAUAUUCCAUUGGUUGCUAUGCUUGCCGAUCUGCCACCAUUAUUAUCCAUGCGUCUUCGUACACAAGUGAUUUCAGAAAGUAUCUUUAAGAAUCGACCAGCGCCAGUAACAGCCGCCACUGGAUAUCCUCAAGGAUUUAUGGGGAAUCAACAACAGCAACCACAACCACAACAACAACAAUUGUAUGUGCCAUCUCCACUUGGGAUGCGUAUGGCUCCUAAUGGUACAUUUAUGCCGACAUCAUCUUCACCUAACCCUAUGGCUCCAACCACCAUGACCUAUACCCACGUGCCCUCUCCUCUUGGGACGAGUCCUGUGAUAGGAAACAAACGAAAGACAAUGGAUGAUGGAAGUGGUCCAAUUUCUGGAGAUGGAGGCAAAAACAAGAAUGCACGCAAGUUGCAAGGAACAGCAUAA